GUUCUCUUUACAAAGUUCUCAUCCACUAAACUUUCUUUUCUUCUUUUUCUUUUUUUGUUUGCUUUCUCCGUUUCAAAAAAAAAAAUAAUCUAUUUUAAUUUGAUAUAAAAUUUAUGAAAAUAAAAAAUAUUUUUAAAUCUUAUGAUUUUAAGUUAAAGUUAUAUCAAAUAUAUUAAAAUAUAUUUUAAUUUUGUGGUCCUAAAUAUACUAUAUGAUAAAUUAAAAUUAAAAUAUUAUCAAAAAAAAAUAUUAUUUUUUUUUAAACGGACUAAAAAGAAAAACAUUUUUUUUUAAACGGAGGGAAGCACUAUUUAUUCAUAGUUUCCAAUUCCGAUCUAUCAAUAAUUCUUCACCUUUCCCUUAAUUUUGAGUGAAAAAAUGGCUGAUGCAAAUUCCCAUAAGGUGGUUGAUGCUUUGCCAGCUCCAGCUCCAGCUCCACCUCCGGAAGCCGGAAAUGGAGUGAUUCAGGCACCAAGCACUGGUGUCUCCCAUAUCGUGAGGAGGUGGAAGAGAGAAGACUUGCUGAAGAGGAGUUCAUUAGUUUUGCAUGGUUUUGCCUUGAUUUGUUCAUUGAUCGCUUUCAUUGUUAUGGCUAGCAAUACUCAUGGUGAUUGGAGACAAUUUGAUAGAUAUGAGGAAUACAGGUAUGUGUUGGCUAUAGCAAUUCUAUCCACAUUAUAUACAGGAUUGCAAGUUCUAAGACAAAUUCAUGAACUUUCAACUGGCAAGGAAUCCUUUUCACGGCAGAGAUUAGCUUUAGUUGGCUUCAUUGGUGAUCAGUCAUGCUGGUCCUCACAUGUGAAGAACAUUGAAGUAGAUGCAGGGCUGAUAAUGCGUAAAGUCAGGAGUGGAUAAGCAAGGAAAUUUAGAUAUGCGUUCAACGCUUAUCACAUGCAGAAAAGAUGUUGAAAGGAAGAUAAACACAAUACUUGAAGAUUGAGCAAAUAAAGGAGUCCUACUCUGUCAAGGAGAUACAAUGCAACAAGGAGUGAACUACCUGAUAGAGUCCUAUUGAAGAAAGUAGAUUAGAUGAUCUGCAGGACGUCAUCAGAGUUGGCUUAAAUAGAAGAAACUAUCUAAAAGAGUUUCACUCACGCACAAAACAAGAAAAGCACCAAUCAGCAAAUCCGUUCUACAACUUGAAGAAGUCAUAAGAACAACUUGUUUCUUUACUUAGAGUGUUAGGCUUUGUGUAAUAGGUUGGUUCUUGAGUUGUAAUGAAUUGUAAUUUUAGUCUCAGUGAAGUAUAAACUGGGUUACGACUAUUGUCUUCAAGUUGGUAAACUCAAAGAUUUGGGAACACUCA